ACAGGGAGGUGGGGCAAAUAUGUCCUUACCGGUUUCGCUUUGCCUUUUCGUCCAACUGCCACAUUUCAAACUAGAAUGGCGACCGCUCUCUGCGGUCUACAGUCCACCGGCAGUAAAUCAGCAAAGACUCACCAAGACCAGCGCAGGAAAGCGAAGGACUCCCGGCGAAGACAGGCUGCUCUUCUGUUUCUCAGUAAUAUCUCACUCGACGGACGACCCCAGUGUCAACCUAGCGAUGAAAAUGCCGACCAGAAAGCCGCCGAGGAGCCCCGACCCAGGGACAGAGACUGCGGUGCCGCUCUUGUGCCCCAGCCUUCGGAUAGUCAAGGACCGGUCGCCCAGGUGACAGACCUCGCCGCAAGCGGUAGUGGCUCAUCCUCCAGUUUCCCAGGGGUGGUCGGUCCGGGUGGACCUUCUUUGGUAAUGUCCGGGCCAGGUGCUGUUGGAGCCAACGAGGUAUUUUUGGAUAGUGCCAGUGCGGCCGAGACGCUAACCCCAGACACUCCUCUUUCUCCCGUCCCGACCGGACACCCGCACUGCUCCCGUGUCAAGUCAACGCCCGCCGCGCUCAGCCCCGUCGGUCCCGGUAAUUCUCUGGAUUCACGGCAGAGGCUGAGGAAUGUCUCUGGCUCUCCGGGACCCAAAGUGCCAAAGAAAGUCCACUUCAUCAAGAGUAUGAGGCAGUACGAUACACGAGGAUCCAGGAUCAUGCUGAUUUGUGCCAAGCGGUCGCUAUACGCUGCUUUCUCAGUGCUGCCCUAUGGAGAGAGUUCAAAUAUCAGUGACCCUAAGCUGGAGGCUCAGAGGCAAAGACUCUCCUCGGUGGUGGCUGCUGAUCUGCUUCCUUCUCUGGAAGGUGUGGAGAUGGGUGCCUGUGGAAAGACGGUGUCCUACGCUCAGUUUCUUUAUCCGACCAAUGCCUUGGUGAGACAAAAGAGCGCUGGCGGCAGCAGCGGUGGUCCACCAGAUAACUGCACAGCCCAGACCCCUCAGUCACGUUUCCGAGGCAACGGGCAGAAGGGCUUCACCCCUGCUCGUCUGAACAACAGCGUGGCACAGGACCCAUAUGUGGAGGAGGUGGCGGAAUAUGACCCCAACCUGCUCAGUGACCCUCAGUGGCCCUGCGGGAGACACAAGCGUGUUCUCAUAUUUGCAUCAUACGUGACGACGGUCAUUGAAUACGUGAAACCAUCUGACCUGAAGAAGGACAUGAAUGAGACUUUCAAGGAGAAGUUUCCGCACAUUAAACUGACACUGAGCAAGAUAAGAAGCCUGAAGAGAGAGAUGAGGGCCGUGAGCGAGGAGUGCGGCCUCCAGCCGGUGACCAUAGCGAUGGCUUUUGUUUACUUUGAGAAGCUGGUGCUGCAGGGACGCCUCAACAAGCAGAACAGGAAGCUGGUGGCGGCGGCGUGCGUGCUGCUGGCUGCAAAGAUCAGCAGCGAUCUGAGAAAGCCAGAAGUUAAACAGCUGAUUGAUAAGCUGGAGGAGCGUUUCCGCAUAAACAGACGCGAGCUGAUUCCUCUGGAGUUCCCGGUACUGGUUGCCUUGGAGAUGGGACUAUACCUCCCCGAGAGCAAGGUCAUGCCGCACUACCGAAGGCUGGUACAGCAAGGUUAGACCGGACAUGGCGGAGUAGGACGUGCACACGUGCGGCGUGUCGACCAGUUUAUAAGCUGUGGUGUUUGAAAUAAAUACUUGUGGUACUAUUUAUUGUCACUGUACAUUAACUAGGUUACACUCAGACUUGAUGGCAUGCGUUUCUCUCCCUGAAUGUCUUUUUGUAGGUGUGACGUUCUCAUGUUGAUCCGGUCAUGAGCUCUAUGUUAGAGAUGUUAACUGAGCACAUUAAUGGUGCUUCUAUUUUGGUUUCUCGUGGGUUUUUAGGAUGCCACCAUGUUUUAACGUCUAUUUAAAAGUACGCUGUAGUGUGUGUGUGUGUGUGUGUGUGUGUGUGUGUGUGU